UCAUUAUCACUUCUUCUCCUUAUCCAUUCUAUUGAACCAAACACAUUCUUAAUAAAAUAAAAUAUUAAUCAAAUCUCUUCCAUCCAUAGGCAAGUCCAUUGGGACUUCUUCAAAUUAUUAAUUAAACCUCUUCUAUCCAAAGGCAAGUCCAUGGGGGCUUCUUCAAAUUUUGAAAAAUAAUAAAAACAUUGAGCCAAACCAUUCAAGAAAAAAAAGUCAAUGCCUCAGUUUUCUGCUUUUUCUCUUGCCCUUUAGUAACAAAACAAAAAAAGAAGCAAAUCAUAAACAAUCACAAAAAGAGUACAAAGGAGUAAUUAGCGGGCACUAUAUAUCACUAAUAUUUAUGAUUAGCAUCAGAAACACAGUUCUAAUUAUUUUUCUUUGCUUACAAUAGCAGCAAAUGAAACCUACCUAAACUAACCCUCAUGAACACUUUCCCUCUCAAAUUUCAUUUCAAUUCCAAUUAUGCCCUUCCCUACCUCCUCCUUCUCUCCACCACCCUCUUCCCACCGCCAACCACCGCACAAAUUCCGAAUGACCUACCACCACCACCGCCAGGCAAAAUCUCCGCCCUCAAAUUCGACAAAUCCAUGGCCAUCGUCCUAGUCAUCCUAGUCGUCGUGUUUUUCAUCCUCGGUUUCCUCUCCGUCUACACUCGCCAGUGCGCAGAGCAAAGGAUGAGAGGAAGAUUCGACCUGUCGGUUCCGAUCGUCGGCAGCCACCGGAGGCAACGCGGACUCGACUCCGAAAUCAUCGAAACGUUUCCUACCUUUGUUUACUCCGCCGUGAAAGGACACAAAAUCGGAAGAACCUUGCUAGAAUGCGCCGUGUGUUUAAACGAGUUCCAAGAUGAUGAAACGCUGCGUUUGAUUCCUAAUUGUAGCCACGUGUUUCAUCCUGAAUGCAUCGAUGCUUGGCUUGUUAAUCACUCCACUUGCCCCGUUUGUCGCGCCAAUUUGAUUCCGAAACCCGGAGAAUCUUCUUUCGUUUCGGUUCUAAUUCCGGAUCCGGAUAUAUCCGAUUCAGAUAACCCGACCCGGAGUAACAAUGAUUCCGAAAUUAAUCUUUCACCUUCUCCUAAAGUGAAUUAUUCAGUUACACCGAACCGGACCCGACCGAUUCGGUCAAGCUCAACCGGUUUUAAAAUUGGAAGCUGGUUUCCGCGAUCACAUUCCACGGGUCAUUCUCUGGUUCAAGAAGGUGAGAAUUAUGAGCGGUUCACUUUGAGAUUACCAGAGGAGGUGAGGAACCGGUUGGUGGGUUCAACACCGAGCCACGUGGCAAGUUGUGGUGUUACUUUUACUCGUGAGGGGAGUGGGAGGAGGGGUUUUAGAACAAGGAGUGUGGGGAGUAGUGCUCCUGGGAGGAACUAUGAGUGGUUUAACCGGCCGGACCGGAGGGGAUUUUCUUGGACGCCGCCGUUUAUGGGUCGAACCGGUUCGAGUUGGUUGAAGAAUAAGUCGCCUGGGAAAUUGGAUGAUGUGGGAGAACGUUCUUCUGAUCGGUUGUUUGCAGGUAAUCGGGGUUAGUUGGUUAGAUUUUAUUUGAUAAAAAUGAAAAUAGUUUUUUAUUCACAUUUUAUUGUUUUUAUUUAUCGUUAAAAUUUGGAAAUACAUGAAUCUGGUGAAGAAACGUUUGUUGUUCAUAGAAACAGAAUUCGAAGAAUGUUUAUGCAAGGUAUAGAAUUUUUGUUAUUGAAUAUGGUGUUACAAUUUUUUUUGAAAUUAAUUUAAUGACGUUUUAUGAUUUAUUUUAUUUAUUGGCCUUACCUUUUUUAUCAGUUUCAUCGCUUUCAUUUAAAUUAUUGUGAAAUGGUUGUACUAAAAUAAUUUUUUUAAAAGGAUAAUAUAAAUAAUAUUGGGAUAUAGGCUAGAAAGUGACUAAACCGUCUUUAGCAAGUUACUUGUAUCGUUUUUGUGGGACAACAUUUAGUUCUAGAACACGUAUAAAUUGUAAUGGUUUAAUUAAGUGUGGUUGGUCCUAAGUCUCAUUCCAAGGAAAGGGACCUAAUAAUUAAUAAUUUUAUUAGCGAGUACACUAGUAAUUUAAGUUUAAUGAGUGUUGCAAAGUUAAUCAAUUUAAAAGUGUUAAAAAAUAGUAUUCAAAUUUUCAAAAAUUGAAUGUAUUGUUUAAAGAAGAAUAUUACAAUCAUGUUGAUCUUUUAUGAAGAAAGUGAGGAGUAUGCAUCGGUGGAUAGUGAAAGCGACCUGCAUAUGGAGGCAAUUGAGGAGCAAACAGAUGGGAUUAGAGGGUGGUUGGAGUGUGCGAUGGGAGCCGUUGUGGCUGUUAAAAAAUAUCAAUCCUGCCGGCCGGCAAGUUUAUAAGACUGUGGGUUCACCAACUGUCAUCCAAUCUUAAUAUUAGAUUUAAAUGAAAAAUAUUGAUAAUAAGAUAUUCAUAUGGGCAAGAGUACUUACAUAACGUGGGCAGAGGGCAUAUCCAAUUAAAACAUUGUGAUGCAUAAGUAUUAAUAUAUCCCACUUUUCUUAUUAAAAAGAAGAUAUGAUAUUUUUACCUUGCAAACACCAGACUUCAACGUAUAUAGACCCCUUAAACUCACCCUUAAUUCUAUUGUCCUGACUUCAUAUCUGUUAUACAAACAAACUACUCCAUCCCAUCAAAUAUUUGAAAAUUAGGGAUCUCUUGGUUGGAAUUUUGUUGAGAAGUAAAAUUCAGUCGGAGAAGUUUGGAAGCAGAGUCGACCCAUAAACAAAAUGUGGAGAAGUCGACUGAGCCUGAAAACUGGAGAAGUCGACUAGACUUGAAAAUUGAAGUAGUCGAAUAGGCCUAAUGAGGUGGGAACGGUGCAAGAAAAAAGCCCAAUUGGAGUCAGUUCGUACGAAAUGAAAUCAGACUUGGGUAGCCAAAGUGGAGAGCGUGAACCCUGCCAUACCCCAAUUUUUGACCUUAAGAUUCCUCAAUCAUUUAUAUUCUUACCACUAAUCAAGAUCACCAUCUUGAGUUUAACUUUUAGCUUUGUGCCCAUUUCACCUUAGGAGGGAAUCACCAAGCACCCAUGUUUCUGCAACUUGUAAAUAUUUCUUUGUUAUGUUACACUAACCAAAAUACAAAAAAAUAUCUUUUUCUUUCAAAUCUUUGUGCCUUGUAGGUGAUUGAAGCAAGUGCAUUCACACUCUCUCCUAAAACUAGGGUUUUGAGGAUCAACCCUCAAUCAGUUGAUCAUUCAUGGAAGCUAAGUGGCUUGGACUUCAAAAGAAAUGUCCUUAUCAUCAAGUGUUAUAUCUUGAGCAUCUCUUAAUUUCAUUUGAUCAAAUUUAUCUUAUGAUCAUGUGGCUUGGUUCAUCAAGAAACUCCAUAGGUUCAUGUGUUUAUUUCCAUGCCUUCUUCAACAAGUUUCAUCAAGUUAUGAACCUCAUCAUCAAGUGUGCUUCAAGACAAAAUCAUUGCAAAGUCUCAUAUAUUUCCUCAUGCUUUAAAAUGCAAGGAAAAUUCAAGAGAUUCAAAGUUGGUUCAAGAAGUUUGACCUAAUUUGACAAGUCUUUGAUUAUAUGAUUACAAGGGCAUAACUCCCUCAAUUUUUCAUUUUUUAAUGCUUUUUUUUGCAAAUGAUUCUCCUCGACACCAUCAACAACUUCUCUUUAUAAGUGAAGAAGAAAUUUUGUGAAUAAAGUAAUAAAAAAGGAGAAGACAUUAUAGGCCCUUCUUUGAAAGUUCAAAGAAUUGUGUGUCCACUUCAAAGGAUCAUAACUUGCUCAUUUCUUAUCAUUUUGAGCCCAGUCUUUUUGCAUAGUAAUCUUGAAUGAGUCUACUUUAAGUCAACUUUUGAGGUAAAAAAAUAAAUUUUGAGUGGAAGAUCAUGAAAGAAGGAGAAACAUUUGAGGUCAUUUCAAGAUGCAUAGGUUUUAAGGCAUGCCAUGUGUGCAAGACUGACCACAAGUCCAAAUUGCUCAAUUUUAACUUUCUCUCACAUAACUUUUGGCUAUAAGCUUAUUUUUCCAUUCUCUACAACUUUAAUGUUGGGACUUUUGAUCAAUUCAAGCUCUAAAGUACUCAUUUGAGUCAUACAUAAAGGUGUUUGAUGAAAUGAUCUCGCAAGAUUGGCUUGUUUUUGCCCAAGUUGACAAAGACAUAUCUAUUAAUUCAUGAAGCCUAUGGAGGUGAUUCUUUUUGAAUUGUGUUCAUCUUGAUAAUGAAAGUAUUUGGCUCAAAGUAAAUUUUAAAACGCACACACCAAUUUCUUGGGGGCUAAGGUUGAAGUGAGUUGCCCAAAAAUGUCAAAGUUGCUAAAAUUGGCCAAGUGUUUUAUGCAUUAUUUUUCCCCACUUUGAGGAGCCAUAACUUUUGAUACAAGAAUCCAAAUGGAAACUUUCAAAGCUCAUGAUAAAGCUUGAUCACCCAACUUUCCAAAGAGUCCAAGAUUGUACCAUAAAGGUCCCUACAUUGCUUGCCACAUGAUGUUGAAGUUGAUACCUUAAGGCUUAAGUUUCCACUUACAAUCAAAAGUGAAUUUGAUUAAUGUGACCUCUAAUCACCAAAUUGAUGCUCGAAUUUCACUUAAUCAUGUCUAACAAAGUUGUCUGAGCCAAUUAGAGUGCCAAAACGCAUGAUUCGGAUGAGUUUUAACAAUUUGCAAGUUACACUUUGGUCAUGAUGCAGGUGUGCACGAAUUCGUCUCAAAUUGUCUCAUCCACCUCUCCUCAUUACACCAUUCACUUAUCCUAUAAAUAAGGAUCUCAUUCCCAUCAUUUUGCAAGCUUUAGAGAGCCAAAAUCACUCUGCCACAUUUCUUCCAAAGCUCACAAAAAUCAGAAAUCGGAUUCACCUUUCCAAGCUUUCCAGUUCUAAUCUCUUAACUCUAUCUUCAUCCUUGAACUCCUUUGAAGCUAACCACACCAUUUACAAGAAAAAUCGUGCUUAGAAUCAAGCUGCCUAACUUCAUUUUCAGAGCUUCAAAUUUGAGUUUUAACAUGUAGUAAUUCGCGAUCGUUUUGUCUCAAACUUGUUCCCAUUCUAUUCUC